AUGGCAUUGGACGUCUUUCAAUCAUUUGCAAAUCGUUCUCCGGAAGGCAUCGCCAUUCGGCUCCGUACCCCAAAUGACGACCACUCGCCUGAAAUCUCGAGCCAGCCCGCUGAGGCGACGGCUGGCUCGAGCGCCGGAGCCGUGAUGGAGCCGAUGGAUAUAGAAAACCCGGAGGCCGGAUCUCCAAGCCAGAGUAACACACCCCCGGUCGUGUACAUCACUGGCUGGAGGCUGUAUCUUCUUACUUUUGCUCUGUGCCUUUCAUUACUGCUGUCGACGCUCGAAACUACAAUCGUCAGUACGUCUCUGGUCUCCAUCACCGAUGCCCUAGGAGGCUUCGACCAGAGAGACUGGAUCGUGACCGCAUAUCUGCUGACUUACACUGGUUUCCUCAUCAUAUACGCCAAAUUUAGCGACAUCCUAGGCCGCAAGUCGAUGCUGCUUCUCGCCAUUGCGCUCUUCACCAUCUUCUCCAUCGUCUGCGGCUCCGUAUCCAACAUCCUCCAGCUCAUCAUCUUCCGUGCUUUCCAGGGCAUGGGAGCAUCGGGCAUCUAUUCGAUGGUCACGGUCAUCAAUCCUGAGAUGGUCCCUCCUACGCAAUGGGGCAAGUACGUGGCCAUUACGUCAAUGGUUUUCAUCCUCAGUUCUGUUCUUGGCCCAAUCCUUGGUGGCGCUAUCAACGACCACGGGUCGUGGAGAUGGGUCUUCCUUCUCAAUGCUCCGGCUGGGGUCAUCGCAACCGCUCUAAUUGCUUUCGUUCUUCCGACGCGCUUUCCGUACCAAGGCAACCCUGCAAUGGCGAUGAGAUUCCGAGACAAGUUUUCCGCUAUAUCGCUCUCGCGAUUGGAUGUCAUAGGAGCCCUGAUACUUCUCGCCGCUUCCAUCCUGGUUGUCUUUGGCUUCGAGGAGGCCGGCGCGCGGUAUCCUUGGAGCAGUCCCGCGGUCAUUGUGACACUAGCUUUAGGAGGCGCGCUGUUUGUCAUCUUCGUUGGGUGGGAAAGACUCGUUGGCAGGGAGCAUGUCGUCCAAGAGCCCAUAUUCCCAUUACGCCUGAUGAAGAGCCGUUUCUUCGUCGGCAUGUUCUUAGUUGGAUUCUUCACUGGGCCGCCGUUUAUGACGGUAAUCAUCAAUCUGCCGCAGAGGUUCCAAGCCGUGAAUGGGCUCAGCCCCUUUGAUGCCGGAAUUCAUUUACUUCCUCUGCUCCUCUGCUCACCAUUUGCGACCGCCAUAUGUGGUUCACUGGCAAGCAAGCUAAAUGUUCCACCCUUCUACAUUCUCAUCACUGGCGCCUCGUUGCAGCUUCUAGGCGUGGGUCUCGCAAGCUCUGUGGGAAUCAACGGCGACAAACAGAUGUACGGCUACGAGGUCAUCAUGGGAUUUAGCUUUGGAACAGUUCUAGUGACGCUCUUGAUGUUCGUCCCGCUCGUAAUCCCACGAGAGGAUAUGGCUGUUGCAAUGGGUGCCAUCACUCAGAUUCGAGUCUUAGGAGGCACAAUUGGGCUUGCAAUAAGGGCCCCUCUCAAUGUUGCUAUCACCGUCCGAAAGACUAGGAAUUUCUGA